CCUUUUGAAUCAACGUAUUCAUAUACCUGAUGUGUGCAAAUGAAGUACAAUGUCAGCCUGAUCUUGUGCCACAGCUUAAAAAUGGAUUCCAUUGUAUCUACCAGAAUCCAUAACUCGUGUAUUGGUUAUGGCUCUGGUUCUGUUUUGAAGAAUGUGCUUUGAGUUUAAUGCUUUUGCCAACACGUCCCUUGCCAGAAACCUAACCAGCUGAUGCCAGAUAACUUGUUUUCCUGUUAGGUCCCCAUCUGCUACCUCUUGUCAACACAUUUCCUCCUUCAACUUGGAAAAUGACAUGGUCUGUGUAGACAUCUCCAUGGCCAGCAUCCAUUCACUUCGUGAUCAGACAACUGGACGUGUGCACUUUAGUACGGAUUUGAAGGACUUAAUGAGGCAGGCUGGAGAAGUUACAUUUGUAGAUGCACACAGAAACAAAAAUGAAGGGGUGGUUGAGUUUGCCACAUCUAGUGACAUGAGAAAUGCUCUCAACAAGCUGGAAGGUAAAGAGAUAAAUGGUCGAAAAAUAAGAUUAAUUGAAGAUCGGAAACGCAGGACCAGAAGCAGAUCUCACAAUAGAAGUUCCUCAAGAUCUCGCAGUCGGUCACCAUCAUCUAAGCAGUCAAAAUCAGAAAGUAGAUCCAGAAGCAGGAGUCGUGGUAAAUCCCAUUCUGCAAGCAGAUCACCUGUUAGAAAAGAUCAACCAGUGAUGAAUAACCAGGCUCAUUCAAGAUCAAAAUCUUCUGGAUUGACAAACCAAUCAAGAUCCAGAUCACGUUCUGUUGAAAGUGCUGAUUAGACAAUGAUUGUAAAAAGCUGUUUUCUUCAGAAAAUGAUAUUAGCUAUCUUUUGCUUGAGAUUGUUUGUGGAUGCUUCUUUGUUCAUGUAAGUUUUUGUUGAACUGUAAAAGACAAAUAUUUCUUUAAUACAUUAAAGUCACUAAUGGAAAAUAAUUUGCUUAUAUUAGAACUGGUUUAAAGUUCUAUGCUGCUUUGGUAUUGAAUAUAUAACGGAUAGAUUGAGUAAAUUGAUAUCAGAUUGUUUCUGAAAAGCUGUGGCAUAACUUAGACUCUCUUCAUAUUCUGUUAAUUAUAACUGAUACAUUAUACUUUUUAAACCAAUAAAUGUUAUUACAACA